CCCUCAUUCUCUCACUGCAAUGUCCACAAAUGGCAGCUAUUAGAAUCCGCUAGCUAUAAUCUCAGUCACCUAAAUGCUCAGUAAAUCAACUCGUUGGGGGGGGGGAUUAGCUAACAUCCCACAAAGGAUGCAUUUCUUGCGGCUGUAAUUCCCGAAAAAGGGGGAGAAGAGGAAAAGAAGACAGAAAGUCUAAACCAAGAUUGUUAAAAAAAAAAAAAAAAUCUGAAUUGUUGGGCCUCACUGGAACUCUCCCAUGAUGCCUGAGGUUCGGGAGCUUUCAGACGCACUGCCGGAGUUGCCCAUGGACCCCAUCACUGGUGUGGGGGUGGUGGCCUCGCGAAACAGAGCGCCUACUGGCUAUGAUGUGGUCUCCCAAACAACAGAUGGUCUUGACGCUGACUUGUGGAAAGACGGCCUGUUCAAAUCCAAGGUGACACGCUACCUCUGUUUCACCAGGGUCUUCUCUAAAGAAAACAGUCAUUUAGGUAAUGUGCUGGUGGACAUGAAGCUUAUCGACAUCAAGGACACUCUGCCUGUAGGUUUUAUUCCCAUCCAGGAGACUGUGGACACACAGGAGCAGGCCUUCCGGAAGAGGAGGCUGUGUAUCAAGUUCAUCCCGCGGGACUCCACAGAGGCAGCCAUCUGUGACAUCAGAAUCCUGGGCAGGUCCAAGCAGGCCCCACCGCAGUACACUUUCAUAGGAGAGCUCAACAACAUGGGGAUCUGGUAUCGCAUGGGUAAGGUCCCGCGUGCCCAGGAAUCUUCGCCAACUCCAACCACCAAUAACAUCCAGAACAUCAACUCGACGGCCAACACCACACCAACCCCAGCAGCCCCUCUGCCCAAACAUAUAUCCAUGACACUCCCCGCCAGUUUCAAAAGGCAAACCACUACUAGACCAGAUUUUGAACACCAGAACUCCAACCUGUACGCCAUAUCAGCAAUGGAUGGAGUGCCUUUCAUGAUCUCUGAGAAGUUUGCCUGCGCUUCCGAUGAUCUGCAGCAGGUGGAUCUGAUGGGCAUCACGAUCAAGUCGCUGACGGAGAUUGAGAAAGAGUACGAGUAUAGUUUCCGCACAGAGCACAGCGCAGCAGCGAGGCUUCCCCCCAGUCCCACACGGAUCUCCCUGGGCUCUGAGGCCUGAGCCCCCCCCCAGUCCCACACAGUUCUGAGCCCCCCCCCCCCAGUCCCACACAGAUCUGAGCCUCCCCUCCAGAGAGACCUGAGCCUCUCCCUCUUCCCCUCCAGAGAGACCUGAGCCUCUCCCUCUUCCCCUCCAGAGAGACCUGAGCCUCUCCCUCCUUCUCCCUCCUCCCCUACAGAGACCUGAGCCUCUCCCUCCUUCUCCCUCCUCCCCUACAGAGACCUGAGCCUCUCCCUCCUCCCCUACAGAGAGAUCUGAGCCUCUCCCUCCUCCCCUACAGAGAGAUCUGAGCCUCUCCCUCCUCCCCUACAGAGAGAUCUGAGCCUCUCCCUCCUCCCCUACAGAGAGAUCUGAGCCUCUCCCUCUUCCCCUACAGAGAGGUCUGAGCCUCUCCCUCCUCCCCUACAGAGAGGUCUGAGCCUCCCCCAGUCCUCCAGCAGGAGAGGAGGAGAGACUCACACUACUACUACUACUACUACUACUACUACUGAGAACCAUCCCACACAAACCAAGCCAGAGAGAGAGAGCGACAGAGGAAACUAGGUCUCCCUCUCUCCCUUUGGCCUGCCUGCCUCCACUCCUCUCCCUCUCUCCACUCCUCCCCGCCUCCCUCUCUCCACUCCUCCUUGUCUGCCUCCCUCCACUCCUCCCCGCCUCCCUCUCUCCACUCCUCCCCGCCUCCCUCUCUCCACUCCUCCUUGUCUGCCUCCCUCCACUCCUCCCCGCCUCCCUCUCUCCACUCCUCCUUGUCUGCCUCCCUCUCUCCACUCCUCCUUGUCUGCCUCCCUCUCUCCACUCCUCCCCGCCUCCCUCUCUCCACUCCUCCCCGCCUCCCUCUACUCCUCCUUGUCUGCCUCCCUCCACUCCUCCCCGCCUCCUCGCCUCCCUCCCUCCCUCCUCCCUCCCUCCACUCCUCCUUGUCUGCCUCCCUCCCGCCACUCCUCCCUCCUCGUCUCCCUCCACUCCUCCUUGUCUGCAUCCCUCCACACCUCCCACUACUCCUCCCUCCACUCCUACCAAACAAAACAAUAAGGUCAUUGGGACAGCUUGGUCCACUGUCCAAAUGGAUGGUCCUUUUUUCUUUUGGAAAAAGAAGAAAAAAAUGAACAAACAGAAGUCCUUUGGUUGCCCAGUCGUUUCUUCUUCUUCUUUGUUUUUAAAGUUCAGUACUGCUUAUUUGAGGAGGGGAACGAUCCAUGGGAAAAAGGGACCCGUUGAUGCAUUAAGGCUUUCACAGACGUGUGAUCGAGACGAGCUCCGCUGUGCAUUCAGGAUGGAAAGACCUGUGAACCUGAUGGUUGUGUGAUUUUGGACCCUUGGUGGUUAAGGGAGGAGAGAGAGAGAGCAAGGCUUGCCCAUUCAACCCAUGAACCAUAAUGGCAGAGGCACCAGUUUAGUCUAGAAAUGCACAUUUGAUCCAUCCCUCGUUUGGGGAAACUUUAAAGCACCCACAGAGACUUGGGAUGGUUGGAACAAACCGUGCUCUAUAAUACCCUAUUGGAUAUAAGCAGUGCGUAACCCACUGGUCUCGCCUUCGUUCCAUUGGUCGUCUGUGGAUAUUUCUGCAUUAAAGAGCAGCUUAGCCAGUCGUUGACUACAGUCCCCAACCACCUCCCUGUACACUAGAUGUAAGCCCAGGAAGAGGAGCCAGCUUACAUGUUACUGUAAAAGAAAUGUCCCCCGACAAUAUUGAUUUGGACAGUUCACCAAAUGCUUUGAGGUUGUUCUUUUCUCUCGUCAUUCUUUAAGUCAUUUCAGUUGUUCUUACUCUUUGCCUCGGCUGUUUGUGUCACGUUUCAACGACUACAUCGAUGUGCUUUCUGGUCUGAGACACUCCCUGGAUUAAAAUCAGAACCACUAGUAAAUGGACUGUUACAGUCAGAAAGGUCCUGCCGUUAGCUGGACAACACACCACUUUAUUUUGUUGUGUUUUUUUUUUUUUUCAUUUUUUUUUUCAAAGCCAGAUGUUUGCAUCUGUUACCAGUUUCUGUUUACUCAGUCUUUUGUCAUGGUUUUAGUAUUUCUUAUCUUUUAAAAGCUGUAUUUUCUAUUUCUCGCUGGAAUGAGUUUGACAGAAACGUACUGUUUUGUUUUGAAGGAGCCAGUUACCAAUGAGAGCCCUGUCUUUCUCUAGUCAGGUUACAAUGGCCAGCAUUGUGAUAGUAUUCAUUUGCCACUUUCGUUUUCUUAAUAAUGAACAAAAUUAGAUUUUUAAGUGUUUUAAUUAUGUGUAUAAUAUUGUGUUUUGAACUAAAUGGGAUGUUCUUGUAUCAAGAAGAACACACUUAAUAAUUUGGGCUCAAGUAAACGGUCUUUUGUUUCACGCAUAAAGCUUAUAUGUGUGGUCUUCUAAACGGUCUGCUUUUUUGGGGGUAUUUUCAAAAACGAGUAAUCGUAAUUUAAUAAAGUGUUCCUGAUGUUUUGCCUGUCCAUUGGCAUACGGGGGGGGGGGGGCUAUAACUAAUAACACCCCCAUCUCCUCAGUUUUCUCCAAACUCUUACACAAUUCCCUCUAAACCUUGGGGUUGUGUUCACCAUAUCAAAAAUGUUUUACAACAGGGAACAACUGAAAGCUGUGUUCAGUUUAGUACCUUCCGGUUUCAAAAACGUUCUCUCUCUGUUGAACACCUUACACACUCCAAACUAUCAGGAAACACACAUCUUCUGCGAUAGUGUUUUUUCAAACACUUUAGUCUCUUUUUGUUUGUUUUUGUCUUAAUGCCUCAACUGUGCUACAACCAACUGUGAUCAAACCACUCAUUGAUAUGACUUUCAGUUUGUUGUAGUUGCUUGAUAUUCUUUUACCCACACAUGCUUGAUAUUCUUUUACCCACACAUGCUUGAUAUUCUUUUACCCACACAUGCUUGAUAUUCUUUUACCCACACAUGCUUGAUAUUCUUUUACCCACACAUGCUUGAUAUUCUUUUACCCACUCAUGCUUGAUAUUGAUGGUAUUAAUAUUGAGAAUGUUUUUUUUUUCUACAACAGUAUUUGUCUUAAAUGGCAUCCAGAGUUGCUCCUUUUCGACAUAAGCUUUUUAAACACUGCCUAGAAAAUCAUGUCAACUCUGGAGAACCUUUUUUAUUUUCUAGCAUUCCUGGUACUGAUGUAUUCUAUCGCUGUAGUUUUUAAGCAUCCAGUUUCAACAUAAUUUAAUUGAUCUUUCUAUGCUUGGCAGAAGUUAUUUCCUCAGAGCAGCUCUUGGUGCCCUUUGGGGGGAAAACAGCCCUUUAUUUUCUCUUUGUCUAAUUGCUCAUUUAAGGUCUGAGGAUUAUUCUGCCCCUUUUCUCCCCAGAAUAAUUGACCAAUACAUUUCAGUGUUGUAUUUUUCAGAAAAUCACAAAAAAAAGGUCAAAUCAAUGUAAAAAAAAAAAAAAAGAUGGAUUGUGUUAUUGCACUGCCUAUAUAUUGUGAUCAUGCUAAGUAGUUUAGCUAGUUCAACUAGACCAAACGUCCAUUCAAAAACGAUGCUUGUAAAAUGCUCCCACGUUACAGCUUGUUUUGUUCUGCCUGCAUCAUGGUAACCUGUACUUCUACAUCUGAACUGUGGCGUGUAAAUAUCUUCAGAUGGUCAUGAUAAAAAAUACAUUGUUAACUAAUAUGAUUUGUCUGUGUAUUAACAUUUUAAUGUGAGAUCAAGUUCAGUCCUGUAUUGUUUUCAACAUGGACUCCUUUUUUUAAGACAGCCGCGGAUUCCUUCCAGCUAUGAGAUACUGUUCAACCAGCUGUAGCUCAACUGGGAUUUGUAGAUUUUUAAAUGUUGUUUUGAUUUGCAACUCUUCUCUCCUGGAUGGAGUUUGGGUUAUUCUACUUUGAAUGAUUGUCAUCCCACCAUUAAACAAAACUUAAGUUGACGACGAGAAGCUUCCACCGUUUAUAUUAUUAGUUAAAUCCUCAAAUGUAUAUUUUAGUGUUAACUAACAAUCGAACCACCCAAACAACGUGAAGCUCUGUACUACCGGAGGUAGAGCCUGUACGAUUUGAUGUUUUGUUUGUCUUCCUGGGAACUCUUAAUUUGUAAAUGCUUGUGAAUUCAUUAUGGCUCUGAGGAUCCUGUUGGUGAUAACUGAUGUUUUAAAAGGUCGAUUUUGGACCUAAAAAAAAAGCAACAACAAAAAAACAUGUUUAAACUGUAUAACUGAUCAAUGCACGAUCAUACAAGGUAAUUUACUGCUUAAACAAAAUGGACAAAUAAGAUAUUUGGCUACAGAAAGGUACGGAUCUCAACAGCUUCCGUCCAAAAACAAAUCCUGUUAAACGAUGUCAACACAUACUGGAGGAGUUACUGACAAACUACGAGUGGCUAGCUUCGAUAACGAGCUAGCUACGUCUGGAGGAGUUACUAACUACGAGUGGCUAGCUUCGAUAACGAGCUAGCUACGUCUGGAGGAGUUACUAACUACGAGUGGCUAGCUUAGAUAACGAACUAGCUACGUCUGGAGGAGUUACUAACUACGAGUGGCUAGCUAAGAUAACGAGCUAGCUACGUCUGGAGGAGUUGCUAACUAAGUCUGUCGCGGCGCUCCUUGACCAGAAUGUCACGUCGAUGAACCACCAAAGGCACACCCAAUUUCUGUUUGAAAAUUGAUAAAGACGUGAUGUUAGACCAGUUUUUAUUUUUGUUUUUUAUAUGACCAAAGUCGGUCUUUAAAAGACCAACCUUGUAUCCCAGUUGCAAAACCUAAUCUGUUAGGGAUCAAACAGUUCAAAUCGAUAUGGACCUAUUAUUAUGGCAGUCGUAUGUUAAAAUGUUUACCCUGUGUGUCAUUGAAGUGUAUUUGUUUGUGUGUGAUUACACACAGAGUACCAACCAAACUACUGGUGACUAAAUCCACAGGACCAACCUUUUUAUUGACUGUUUCUCAGAAGCAUCCUACAUUUGAUUUCAAUUUCAACCCACUGCUCUUCAUUACUUCCUUCCAUUCUAUAAAUGUUAUUUUUAUUUUUUAUUUUUUUUGGUGGUCGGUUUGCUCCCUCAAUCAUUAGUUAUCCGGCAGUGUGCAAACAUGCGGGUUCUCUCAUCUCGGUACCACCCCAGUCGUUUUAAUGGCGACUAGUAAAACAACAGAGAGAGACCUCUUAACUAGCUACUUCAAAACCCACAAGUUACUUUCCUCUCAAGAUGUGUCGGCAACAGAGAAAUCUGGCACGCACAGCCCACUGUCACCAAAUGGUACCUGUAACGAAGCAAUUUGUCCUUUCCCUGGAUAUAGACUACUUAUAAUCCCAUUUUUUUAAUGAGAUAUUUACCAUCUUUAUUAAGACAUUUAAUCAGAAACGCGGAGUGCCUGUCAUGAUGCCAUAUACCUGUCAAGACCUCUGUUGUCUGACUUCUGAUUCCUCUCCAUUUUUGUUUUUUUGUCACAAAAUAUAAAUCUUCUUUCAUCUUAUCCGAUAUGAGUUUCUGCAGAGAAUGGACUAGGGUCCCAUGGAAAUGACAUGGAAGUUUGUCAGGCAGACUUUUGCAUGUUGCUUGUAUGCCAGCGUACUGGGUUAAGUGUAAUGGUACCAUGGAUUACUUUAGUCAAUGUCAAGUCAGUGGAUCUCUUCAAAAUGAUAACUAAUUAUAAAGAAAAGUAAUUGUAUCAUUUGUAUUAAUUUAUUUAACAUUGUCUUUUAAUAUUGACAAAUCAGUGUGCUUGUUUGUUUGUUUGUCUGUAUUAACACAUUUUGAAUAAAACUUUUAAAAUGGUG